AUGCGAGGAAAUAGAAAGUGGGGAAAUCUUGGUGGAUGGACCGAUAACUCUCCUAAAGAGGAUACAGAGGAAUUCAAUUUCAGUGAAGAGGACUGGAACCAGUUAAAUAAAAUGAUUGGGUAUAAGGAGGGUGUUAUGGUAGCUACUGAUUCUCGGGCUAGUAUGGGAGGAUAUAUAUCAUCACAGUCUGUGAAGAAAAUUAUUGAAAUUAAUCCGUACAUGCUUGGGACAAUGGCUGGAGGUGCUGCUGAUCGCCAAUUUUGGCAUAGGAAUCUUGGCAUCAAGUGUCGCUUGCAUGAGUUGGCAAAUAAAAGAAGAAUUUAUGUAACAGGAGCCUCUAAGUUACUUGCAAAUAUUUUAUACUCUUAUCGUGGAAUGGGAUUAUCUGUCGGUACCAUGAUUGCUGGAUGGGAUGAAACGGGUCCUGGUCUAUAUUAUGUUGAUAGUGAAGGUGGAAGACUUAAAGGCACUAGAUUCUCAGUUGGAUCUGGUUCACCAUAUGCUUAUGGUGUAUUGGACAGCGGGUACAAAUAUGACAUGUCAGUUGAGGAAGCUUCUGAACUGGCUCGAAGAGCAAUUUAUCAUGCAACAUUUCGUGAUGGAGCUAGUGGUGGAGUUGCUAGCGUUUACUACGUGGGACCAACUGGAUGGAAGAAAUUGUCUGGUGAUGAUGUUGGUGAACUUCACUACCAUUACAACCCGGUUACCCCUAGCACCGUGGAGCAAGAAAUGGUUGAGGCAGCUGAACCUUGA